GAAUCACAACAUCCAGUCCGUUAAUGUCGAUUCAAUAAAAUGCUUUCGUUCCGCCUAUUCCUGCUGCUCCUGCUGUUAUCCUGUUCCUGCAGCCGGCGCAAACGUCCAGAGGAUAAAACCAAGUGUCCGAAAGUCAAAGCGAUUAGGAACUUCGAUUUGGAACAGAUGAUGGGUCGAUGGUACGUCAUCCAGUACUACGCGAGUUCCGAGGAGGCUCUCUCGUACCGCUGCAUGCGGGCGGAGUUCACCAUGUCGCCCUUCCUGGCGGACGUGACCAUGAAUUUCACCUACAGCUUCACCGACGAUCCCAUCAAUGAGCAGUUGGUAGGGAACAUCACGUGGACCAUACCGAAUCCGGUGGUACCUUCACACUGGACCCAUUCAGAGGACACAUACGAAGGAGUGUAUAACACCUUCGUCCUCGAUUCGGACUACACGUCUUGGGCCCUACUUCUCCACUGCGCCGAAAAAUCAAAGGUUCCCAGGUACCUUUCCAGUUUCAUAAUGAGCCGAGAACCAGUUCUUGGAAUCAACGUGAUUUCUUAUCUCCGAGAUAAACUACCACGAUACGAUAUAGACCUCUCUUACAUGUUCCAAAUGACUCAAAAUGACUGUAAUUCGACGGCGCUCGGUUCAGACCUGCCUCCAUCGCUGAUCGCCAACAGGCUUCCACCGUCGUUAAGAAGGCAUCCCAUGAAGCAUCACCACGGGGAAUGAUGUAGACAACCCAAAUUACAGUACUUAAGUUGCGGUAUUUGCAAAGAUAAAUUAAAGAGAAAUAUACAUUGUGUAUUCCUGCGCCAGUUGUUAGUACUUUUAGUCCGAUACGAGAGACGCCCUUCGCACCGCUGUCGCUACGCUUUUAUUCUUUGCUUAUUUAAAUGGGAAAUAGCUAUGAAAUAAGUUCUUUGCACCUAUUUCAACGUAAUUAAAAAUAGUAUAAACACCUUUUUAAAAUUUAACGUAUGUAAAUUUUAAAAAGGUGUUAUUAUCUAAUGAGUGCGUAUGGAGAUUAGAAAAAAAUAGUAAAUUAGUACUUAUUAUUCAGUGAUACAAACUAUCUCAUUAAAAAAAGUCUCUUUGUUUACGAUCUUGCCCUUGGUCACUUUCAAAAUUUUCACUGCAACGUCCUUCGCUGCCUUACGAUAAGAUAACCGCUGCAAUAAAAUUUAUUUAAUAGAUGGUUUUUGCACAUUUUAACUUA